UGUUAAUUAGUUUCGAAAAAAAUUCUAAAUUACAACAAUUCUUUAUCACGCUUAAUAACAAGACAAACUGCUACUUACCACGCUCCAACUCAGCAGCUCGAAAAGAAAGAAAAUAAGAUAUGUUUAGCGACUGCGACAACUGUAAAUGUGACGCUAAUGGCGCUUGUGCUGAUGGACAACGUUUAAUGGGCAUGGAGCAGUUCACCCUACCCUCCUGUGAUCAGUGGCAGCCAUCGAUCGAUUUUAUGCUGUGGCCGCCGGGCAGUUGCGAGUAUGGCUGUCACGUGGGUAUGUGCCCGAAUACGAAUCCACAAACAGACUGUUGUGACGCCUAUAAAAAUCGGAAUCUGCCCAGAUCACCAUGGUCGUCCACAGUCCCUUGUCACAGCGCAACAACCAAAAGUCUCUCGUACUGCCGGCCCUGUGCGACCGCGAACCGCUGUAUGCGACGUAACCUUAUUUCUCCGGAGAAUCCAUUGUUCCACCCGACGCUAGAGUUUCGUCAGAAGGAUCUUCCGUUACAGACACCGGUGUGGCGGCCUAAUGGACCAACACAACGAUUUUCCGAGAAACUUUAAUGAACUUAAGACAUUUUACUUACAUGCAUAUCGGUGACCACAAGGCCAAACGGCUUAAGUCGAUUUUGGGCGGCUUUGAAAAAUACUCUUUAAAUGUUGUUUUUGGCGCUAAAAUCAUAUUUCAUGAUUUUAAUUGUUGAUUUUGGAUGAAAUAACUUUGAGAUGCUGAAAUUUGCUACCAAAAACCAAGAUGGAGUUAUAAUUCGGUUCCGCCUUCACUCGAUUUCAGCUGUUUUUCUUUAAGGUCACUGAUAUAUAUAAGUUCUUGAAUCGUUCUACAGAGAAUUUACAUAGUCUAAAUAAAUGUACACAAACAAAAAUUCAGU